UGAGAAGCUCAUACUACUGGAAAAUGGAAUGGAGACGCUGCGUGGCGCGAAAAGGGAAGAUACUAAGUAACUUGUAUGUGGCUCUUGAUGAAUUGUGUUUCAUGAACAAUGCACCUAGGAGAAGAUCUAAGAAGAAGAAAUGCUUCAAGGAAGAAGAGCUUGAUAACCAUAAUCUGAAUGCAUUGAUGCGACACGGAAGCAUGAGUCUCGCGGAAGAAAAGCAAAUUCUGAGGAACAUAAACACUCAUCAGAGAGAUGCUGAUAAAUUUCAGUCACUAGAAGUGCUUAGAAAUACUAUCAAAUGGGGUUACUAUGAGAAUCAUUGCCAUAAGCUACUGAGAGAAAUUGAACAAUUCCAAAACCAAAGGAAAAGAGCUGCUGCCAAUGCUUCUGCGAAGGGAAAGAUUCCGGGUUAUGUAUCGAUGAAAAACACCGUAAAGGACCAAAUCAAGGUGUUCUGUGAUGAAUCUUCGGAGAACAGAAAAAAAGAGAUGGCAGAAUGUACCAAAAUUAGAAAUACAGAGAAAAAACAAGAGGUCAUAAACCAAGAAUUACAUUCUUUGAAAACAAAGUUGGGAGAAAAGCAAAAGAAAAAGGGUGAAGCAUAUGAAUCCGUUACUAAACUGAAGCAGUUAUAUGAUGAAGAGGUUACCAACUAUUACAAGUAUUGUUCACUCAUGAACAAAGUGCAACACCUGGCUGAAGAGAAAGAUAUAGCAGCGCUUGAUAAAUUGUCGCGUUACGAGGGUGACAGAUUUAUGUUGGAAUGGAAUUCUAACAAAGCUUUCAGAGAAGCUUAUGCGAAAAAGAUUAUGCAAUCACAACAAACACAAAAAAUAAACAGAGAUUGGAGUUAGGGAACAACUGAAUAGUCAAUGCAGUAGUUGUGUUGUUAGGCAUAUAAGUGUGAUUGUUGAAGAAAAUAAAGCUACAAGAAUAUUGAUAAAAAAUAAAUA